CAAAAUAAAAACGUAUUUAAAAAAAACUUAGAACCUGGGAUACUUGUAUUUCAUGGCCCCACUGUGUUAGUUUUCUGUCAGCAACUAACUCAUCACCAACAGCAAAAGAGCUAAUUCUUCACAUUCAAACGCGUCUCUACCAGAUAGAAGUUCCUCACUCACCCACUCACUCACUCACUCACUCACUCACUCACAUUAAGCAGAAAUAGGUACAGUAUGCCAUGGCGGGUGUUAUAGGCAAGUAAAAUUAAACAGCUUUAGAAAAGUUGUAGGCGGCGAGUGUGAGUUGCAGGAUAAAGAAUAUGCUUCUCGUGCCACUUUGGGGCACUUCCAAGGACUAAAAAAGAUUGAAACUACAUGCAAGCCAUUUUCUUACGGCCGACGAGGUAAAUGUUUUGACAAUUUAAGCAUCUUGCUUGACAACACUUUACUGUUUUUUUUUCUUUUCAGUGUGAAAGUGUUCCCAUCCCAAAUAAGGGUCUCCAAAAAGUGGUAAAAAUCCAAAUAAAUGUUCCAUUAACUUUAUUCUUGUAAAAUAUGACAUUUUGGUCAUUUUUAGAUAAAUUGGUCUUUCCAGCAGCAGCUUUGAAACGGGUGUCACAAGAGAAGGCCAUAAAAAUAAACAAAGAAAAAGCACAAAAAUUGGACUUCAUUCUCAUAUAAAUAUAACUUUUUUUCUCACGUAACCUUACGACUUUUAUUUUAAUUCAGGCCCAUCUUUUACAUGUAAUAAGUGUCCCCGCAAAAAAUCUAUAAAAAGCCAAACAAAAAGUUAAAUAUAAUCAAAUUAAAAUUUCAUUUUGUUUUUCUUUCCAGUCUGGAACUUCUUUUGAUGUAAAUGUAAUUUAAAAAAAGACACCAAAAGCCAAAGAAAAAUCAAAACGUUCAAAUUACAACUUGAUUUUCAUAAAAAUCACAUUUUGUUUAAUGUACUUUAACUGUAUUUCUUUCCAUUUUGGCACUUGUCUUGAAAUAAGUGUUGCAAAAAUGUUUUACUUCAUUCUCGUAACUUUCACUUCAAAGUUAAAUACAACUGAACUGUAAUUUAAAAAAUGUAAUGUAUUGGAUUACCCAACACAAUUUGAGAAUCACUUUCCUAAACCACAAAAUGUAUUUUUUAUGCUCAUACAUCCUACAGUCUUUGUCUCUCUCACAUACACACAAACAGACACACUCGCACACACGCACACACACACACGCACGCACGCACGCACAUUUUAUGAUGCCUCAGGGAGCGAAUAAGCGCCUGGCAGUACCAGUCCAGCAAUGGCUGCUCUUGCCAAGGCCCAACAAACAGGGGGUGCCGGCUGGCUGGCAGUGCACACACUCACACACAAACACACACAGGCACACGCGCACACACACACACACACACACACACACAGCUGAAGGAGCAAGCGAAAUAGAUAAAUAAAUAGAUCAACAGUUGCCGGGAUGGGUUUUGAGCGAGUGGUCAGACGGCUGCACGCCACCACGUCCAACAUUUUUGGGCACCUGACCCCGCGGAAACGGACAAAUGGCGACGGUUGAAGGCCACACACACCAAUAUUAACACGCAGACACACACGUGUGGCUCAAAACAACAUCUUUGCACAUGGACAUCGUGUACGAUUGUAGAAAAUGUGAUGCAUUAUUUUAAAUAGUGUUUGCCUAAUAGCAUAAUUGCCAAAGUCAGUGGUACACUGGACUCCCUCUAGUGGUACACAAAAGAAUCACUGCUUAAGCACACUUGAGUUGUAUUUAACAUUUAAGUUCAAUAUAUUUGUAUUUAAUCUUUAAGAAUUUAUUGUAUUUAUUUAGGUAGAAUUUUUAUCUAUGUUGUAGGUAAGUUUUUAAUCUAUUAAGUGCAGAUUUUUUAUUUUACCAAAAAAAAAAAAAAAAAGUUAAAUGAUAAAUGCGAAAUGUUAUUAAUCUUAAAUAAGCUAUUUGUACAUUACUCACAGUUAUUGACAAGAACGUAAGAGAGCCAAAGGUUCGUCAGUGCCGUAUUCCCUCCUAAAUGUCCAGCUGUUGCCGUGGUGACAGCUGCCCGGGCGAGCAGAACCAAUCUCAGCUGUCCGCCGGAAUGCGCUGCAGAGGUUACCGGACGAGUUCGAGCGAAGGCGGGAUAUUGUUGCUGCGGCGAAAAAGCUAGUCGGCUUCUGCCACUGCGAACUCUCCAACUUUUGGGCUUCGUCAAUCAAGCGGAACUAGAACGCUUCAAUUUGGGGAUGCGAUCGGGGGGAAAAGACUGAGGCCUCGCCAGAGCUGCGGAGAACUCUUCAUCUACGACUUUGAAGCUGACUGUUCAUUUUAGCUAAUGUAAUGUUGACAUAUCAGCAAACCUCCUCCUGGGAUUUGAGCUCUUAUCAGGCCGCUAAUGAGGCCUGACAAGCGGCCGUUUUCAAGCUGGUAAAAAAAAAAAAAAAACGUGAUAAAGUUAAAAAAGUAAUUAAAAUAACACGUUAACACACACGCACACACACACACACACACAUGGUUAACCAGUAAAAAGUAAAUUGUUAACUUGAGAAUGGUAAAGAAUGGUAAAGAUGAACUGUUAAAAAUAAAACAGUUUAAUUGGUUGAAAAAAACAUGGUAAACUGAUUUUUAAAAACAUGGUUAAAUGGUAAAAAAAAAAAAAAAAAAAAGUCAUUAAAAUGGUAAAUAAAUAAAUGUAAAAAAGAAAUACUGAAUUGGUAAAAAAAAAAAAAGAACAUGUUAAACUGUGAAAAAGAAUAUAGUGAAUAGGUUGAAAUAACAUGGUUUACUGGUUAAAAAAAAUAGUGUUGAAUUUGGGGGGGGGCAGCUCAUUGGGUCAUAAAGUUGUUCUUGUGUUGCCCUCUUGUGGAGCUGCAUUGAAAUCACAUCUGAUGACGUUUUCCCCAGUGUUGAGUAACAGCGCCCUCUAUCGCGGUAUUGCUGUAAGUGUUGAAGGUGCGUUCACUUGCCUCAGCACAGCGUGUGUAUGUUUGCGGCUCACACGGAGCAAAAGCUACCGCGAGGAGGAAGAAAAACACACAUUUUAGACAUCCAGCUCGACUACAUCAAGAGUCUCUUCUUUUGUAGGGGGAGGGGGGGCGCUUCAUUCAACUUUUGCAAUCUUUUCAAGAGCUAUAGAAGGUUUUGGAAGUUGUUUUGCUGAAGUUCUUUUGUUUUUGAGGACAUGUCUCGCAAGAAGGCUACCAGGGGCAAAAGCACGGGCAGCCCCUCCGGGAAGGGCAGCGGCAAAGGUGCGAGGAGCAGCCCGGCCAUGGUGCACUUGAACGGGGUGGUCCAUCCCAGCGGACCCGCCAUCAGCUGCAGCGGCGAGUUUUACGACAUUGCUUUUAAGGUGAUGCUGGUCGGAGACUCCGGUGUGGGCAAAACCUGCCUGCUGGUGCGCUUCAAGGACGGCGCGUUCCUGGCCGGCAGCUUCAUCUCCACGGUGGGCAUCGACUUCCGGAAUAAAGUCCUCAGUAUCGACGGAGUCAAGGUGAAGCUGCAGAUCUGGGACACAGCCGGCCAGGAGAGGUUCCGCAGCGUCACCCACGCUUACUACCGCGACGCCCACGGUCAGACUAACUAUGUGACCAUCUUUGCUUCUGCUCUACGACGUCACCAACAAAACAUCCUUCGACAACAUUCAGGCCGAUGCCACUCACGAGCGGGCGGUGAAGAGAGAGGACGGCGAGAGGCUCGCGAAGGAGUUUGGGGUCCCCUUCAUGGAGACCAGCGCCAGGUCAGGUCUCAACGUAGAGUUGGCCUUCACUGCUGUUGCCAUGUAGGGAGCUCAAGCAUCGUUGUGCGAAGGAUCCCUGCGAGAACUUUAAGCUACAAGAAUUUGUGAACAGUGAGGUUAAGAGCGCCAGCUGCUGCAGAUCUUAAAAGCGGCCAAGCCCCCCCCCCCAAAAAUUGGAUUUUAUUUGUAGUUACAGGGGGAACCAAUUAUCUACUCACGGAGGAAAGCAGACUUUGGAAAGAUAUGAUUAAUGCUAACAAUAAUGUAUGACAUCUUUAUGGAUAAAUUUGAUUAAAGGUGUAAAUACUGCAUGUACAAAUGUUCGGAUAAACAAGAGUGUUUACAAUGUGAAGUAUUAAAACAACAAGAAUGUGUAUAUGGCUGUGUAUAAUUUGUUGUAUUUUGUUGUAAAUUGAGUAGUAGUGCCAAGCAUUUGUUUUCAGUAAUGCCUGUAUUCUGUUGAAUUAAGUGUUAAGACUUUUUUGUAUAAUGUUGGCUUUAGUCAUAGAAGAUAUGAAAAUAAUAAUGGUCACAUUCGGUUUCUGUCAGUGUUCAUUGCUAAUGUUUGGGGAUUGUCCACUUUGGAGUGUGUAACCAAGUUUGUACAAUACAAUAAAAACAGAAGACAGUA